CACAAGGAGGAGGAAAAUAAUAGGACGGAGAUGAGUCAACUUGACAAUAACAACUUUGAUGGGGCUACUAUUCCAAGAUCAUUUGGAAACAUACCUACAUUAUUGAAGUUGAGUCUCAAGAACUGCAACUUGCAAGGAUCAAUUCCUGACCUAAGUGGAAUACCUAACCUUGGUUAUUUGGAGCUGAGCUCAAACCAGCUAAGUGGAUCCUUACCUACAAAUAAACUCUUUGAGAAUAUCACAACCAUGUAGGAUUCUCUCACUAGCAAUGUACACAUUUUUGUUGAUUUGGUUGCUUUAAGAUUUUGAAAUACUCACUUUGGAUUAUAAUUCCUUUGUGUGAUUCCAUGAUUUUUGACAUUUUGUU